AUGACACAAAGUGGUAUAUUCACUGUUCAAAGUGUUACGAGCUGUCUUCAUACUCAAAAAGCCUUCAACCUACCGGAACCUACUACCUUUCCACUGAAAACAGCAGCGCGUAACUCAAACCUCACGCUAGAAAAUGUUGGAGGGGUAGAGACCCUCACGUCCUUCCACUUAUUGAAUAGUAAUAAAAAACAGUUUUAUAACCUUGGGUCUCAAAGUGAAAAUAAGAUUUCAGAAAAUGAGAUCUAA